AUGUCGUCCUCUAUCGCCAUUCCCGCUGGCCCCUCGGCUACCCGCCCAUUCCAUAAGGGCACCGGCUCUUCUCCAAACAGCCCGUUUGGUACUCCUUCGUCUUCUCCUCCGUCAGCCGGAAAGGACAAGGCCCUGCACAACCGCCGUCCGAGCCUCCUGAGCUCUUCACUCUCCAAGCAAGAAUGCACCGUCAUUAACGUCGGCGAUCCGGAAGGCACUCCCCGACUGAUCUCCUACCUCUCCUCCAGCCAGGGUUUCGCCUGGAAUCCCGAAAUCUUUCUCCCAUCUUAUAUCGACUGCGACUAUGUUCCCCUCGAGAACCGCCGGGACCCGGUCCACGAGAUCAUUCUGACCGACGACGAGUCCAAGAACCUGCUACCUCACUGA